CCCAUUUUCCAGCUGUCCCUCACUCGGUCGGGAUUUCUGAACCACGGGAGAAUCACCGGAAAGGCUUUUGGUGAUAAACCGCUGCAUUUUGGGAGAAUACAUCACAAUUUAUGGUUACACAGACACACAGAGAGUUACUUUCUAGAGCUUUUAAAGAUGGAAGCUGAACUAUGAGGCGUUGUGUAUUUGCUGAAGACUGAGUGAACCAUGGCACAGUUCCCGACUGCUUUCACAGGACAAGACGUGUUUCUGAUCACUCCGGAUGAAAGAGCCAAACAUGAUCAGCAGUUUCACGGUCUCGCUCCGUCUGCUGGGGGUUACAUAACAGGUGACCAGGCUAAAAACUUUUUCCUUCAGUCAGGGCUGCCCCCGCCCAUCCUGGCCCAAAUAUGGGCUUUGGCUGAUAUGAACAGCGAUGGCCGAAUGGAUAUCCACGAGUUCUCCAUUGCCAUGAAACUCAUCAAACUGAAGCUACAGGGUCACCCUCUGCCACCAACGCUUCCUCCCAGCAUGAAGCAGCCGCCGCCACUUUCCUUACCCCCACAGGCCAGCUUUGGCAUGCCCCCUAUGGCACCCAUUCCGACUCCCAUUCCAGCCCCCAUCCCAGUUGUGCCCCCGCUCCCUCUUCCUCCUCUUCCCGUUGGGGUGUCUCCUCCUCUUGUCUCUUCGGCUCCUCCGCCCCUUCCUCCACCCAUCGCCAACGGAGCUCCUCCCACAACUAUGAUGCCGCCCAUCUCAGGCUUCCCCCAUUCAGCUCCCUCUGUGAACAAGACCUCUUCGUUCAAUCGUUCCAGCACCAAGCUGCAGAAGGGCUCGUCGUUUGAUGUUGCAGGUACUCAGCCUCCCUCUGAUUGGGCAGUUCCUCAGUCCUCCAGACUAAAGUACAGGCAGCUUUUUAACUCCCAUGAUAAGAUGAUGAGCGGAUAUCUCACCGGACCGCAGGCUCGCACUAUUCUGAUGCAAUCCAGCCUUCCUCAGAGCCAGUUAGCCACGAUCUGGAGUCUGUCAGACAUUGAUCAGGAUGGGAAGCUAACAGCGGAGGAGUUCAUCUUGGCUAUGCACCUCAUAGACAUGGCCAUGUCAGGGUUACCACUGCCUCCAGUGUUACCAGCAGAUUACAUCCCGCCAACCUUCAGGCGUGUACGGAGUGACAGCGUCCAGUCAGACCAGAAGAGUGUCCCGGAGGAGACUGAGGAAGAGAACGAGAUCAACCUGGAGAAGAAACUACCAGUGACAUUUGAGGACAAGAAGAGGGAGAACUUUGAAAGAGGAAACCUGGAGCUGGAGAAAAGACGCCAGGCUCUCCAGGAGCAGCAGAGGAAAGAACAGGAGCGGCUGGCAGCACUGGAGAGGGAGGAACAGGAGAGGAAGGAGCGCGAGCGUCUGGAACAGGAGAGGAGGCGACAACAGGAGCUAGAGAAGCAGCUGGAGAGGCAGCGAGAGCUGGAGAGGCAAAGAGAAGAAGAACGGCGCAAAGAGAUAGAAAGGAGAGAGGCAGCUAAGCGGGAACUGGAGCGCCAGCGUCAGUUGGAGUGGGAGCGCCAGCGUCGCCAGGAGCUCCUAACGCAAAGAAACCGAGAACAAGAAAGUAUAGUGCUGCUCAAAGCCCGGAAGAAGACGCUGGAGUUUGAACUGGAGGCUCUGAAUGAUAAGAAGAACCAGCUGGAAGGUAAACUGAAGGAUGUUCGGUUUCGUCUUUCAACUCAGCGGAGAGAGAUGGAGCAGACCAAUCAGACGAGAGAGACACGCAUCGCUGAAAUCACACAGCUUCAGCAGCAGCUUCAGGACUCUCAACAGUGGCUGGGGAGGCUCAUUCCUGACAAGCAGAAUCUGAAUGAGCAGUUAAAGCAGGUCCAGCAGAACAGUUUGCACCGUGACAGCUUGUCAUCGCUGCAGAAAGCCAUUGAGCAAAAGGAGAAUAGCAGGCAGCAGCUCAAAGAGCAGCUGGAUUCAGUGGAGAGAGAGACCAGAGCUAAACUGUUGGAAAUAGACGCCUUCAACACACAGCUGAAGUGUCUGUGUGAGUUCUAUGCCAACCACUGUGCCAGGAUAGAAGCCCUGCGACGCCAGCUUCACCGCCAAGAGAAAGGGAGACAGGAACUGCGGGAGAUUCACAGCCGGCAGCAGAGGCAGAAGCAGAAGGAGUUGGAGGGAGGCGCUCAGUCACUCUCCCAACCUUACAUGCAAACGGCAAUCGAAAGGAAGUCUGCCGAGCUGCAGGAGGACGGGUCAUCGUCAAAGGAAGGAGUGGCCUGGCGGGGAGAAACGGGAAGCUCUGCCCCUAAAGUUCCUAGCCCUGCUUCCGUGUCUGCAUCACACGCCUGGCUAAACAGAGUCACUCAGGAGGAAGAGGAGAGGAAGAGGAGAGGGAUAGAGGAGGAAGAGGAAGGCAGGAAGGGGGCCGGCUCAGUGGAAGAGAAGGAUGUGGAGAGCAGAGGAAAGAAGGACAUGCAGGACAAACUGAACAAGCUGUUCAGCCAGCCAGCUGACCCCUGGGUUUCAGCAGUAGACAAGGUUCCUGGCCCAAGUCUGUUUGACCAGAAAGCUUCUGCUAGUGGCUUCGAGCAACAAAAACAGCAGAAGCCAGUGAAGGUGGUCUACUACAGGGCUCUGUAUCCAUUCGAUGCUCGUAGUCACGAUGAGAUCAGCAUCCAGCCUGGUGAUGUCAUCAUGGUGAAGGGGGAAUGGGUGGAUGAGUCUCAAACUGGGGAGCCUGGGUGGCUGGGGGGUGAGCUCAGAGGCAGAACCGGUUGGUUCCCAGCUAAUUAUGCAGAGCGGAUACCUGAAAGCGAAGCACCGGUCAGCUUGCGGCCUUCGUCUUCGACCACACCCCCGUCGACCCAGCAGCCAAUGGCCACUCCCCCUUCAGCCACCGGACACACCUCCACCUCAACAUCUUCUGCUAACAGCAACUGGGCUGACUUCAGCACCACUUGGCCGUCCAGCACAGCGAGCCAGUCAGACAGUGAGGGAUGGGACGCCUGGCCUACCUCCUCAGCCAAUCAGAAUCCCUCUCUCAGCGUUCCAUCAGCACAGUUACGGCAACGCUCCGCCUUCACGCCUGCCACGAUGACGACAGGCUCCUCACCUUCUCCUGUACUAGGACAGGGGGAGAAGGUGGAGGGACUUCAGGCCCAGGCCUUGUAUCCUUGGAGAGCCAAGAAGGACAACCACCUCAACUUCAACAAAAAUGAGAUCAUAACAGUGCUGGAGCAGCAGGACAUGUGGUGGCUAGGUGAGCUUCAGAACAGACAAAGAGGCUGGUUCCCCAAAAGUUAUGUCAAGCUCAUCUCGGCCAACAUGACGAUUCCCUCUGCUGCUGCUGCUGCUGCUGCUGCUGCUGCUGCUGCUGCUGCAGCUGCAGUCCGCAGCAAAAACACUAAUGAAGCUGGAAUAUCGGAGAGUCCGCCCAAUGGGAAACGACCCUCAUCCUCUCCAGCAAAACCUUCCGAAUCUGGAGAAGAAUAUGUGGCCAUGUACACCUAUGAAAGCAAUGAACAGGGGGACCUUAGUUUCCAGCAAGGAGACAUCGUUGUGGUGACCAGGAAAGAAGGGGAUUGGUGGACGGGCAUGGUGGGGGGAAAGACUGGAGUCUUUCCUUCCAACUACGUCAAACCACGUGACUCAGUGUCAGAGUCCCUGGGACCAGCAGGGAAGACGGGAAGUCUGGGGAAGAAACCAGAGAUCGCUCAGGUGAUCGCUGCUUACACUGCAACGGGCGCAGAGCAGCUGACAUUAGCACCGGGACAGCUCAUCCUCAUCAGGAAGAAGAAUCCCGGGGGCUGGUGGGAGGGCGAGCUGCAGGCUCGGGGGAAAAAGCGGCAGAUUGGUUGGUUCCCAGCCAAUUAUGUGAAGCUUCUGAGUCCCAGCACCAGCAAGACCACUCCCACAGAGCCCACCCCUCCUAAACUGGCUCCUGCCAGCACAGCUCUGUGUCAGGUGAUCGGCAUGUAUGACUAUGUGGCCCAGAACGACGACGAGCUGGCUUUCCAAAAGGGCCAGGUGAUCAACGUGCUCAACAAGGACGACUGUGAUUGGUGGAAAGGAGAACUGAACGGGAGGGAGGGCCUAUUUCCUAGCAACUAUGUCAAACUGACGACAGACACAGAUCCAAGCACGCAGUGGUGCGCUGACCUCCACCUGCUGGACAUGCUGAGUCCGAUGGAGAGGAAGAGACAGGGCUACAUCCACGAGCUGAUCGUCACAGAGGAGAACUACGUCAACGAUCUGCAGCUCGUCACCGAGAUCUUCCAUAAGCCUCUGCUGGAGUGUGAGCUGCUGACGGAGAAGGAAGUGGCCAUGAUCUUUGUGAACUGGAAAGAGCUCAUCAUGUGCAACAUCAAACUUCUCAAGGCUCUCAGGGUGAGGAAGAAGAUGUCGGGCGAUCGGAUGCCUGUGAAGAUGAUCGGCGACAUCCUGACCAACCAGCUGCCUCACAUGCAGCCGUACAUCAGGUUCUGUUCAUGUCAGCUGAAUGGGGCCACGCUGAUUCAACAGAAGACAGAUGACAAUCCUGAGAUCAAAGACUUCCUCAAGAGGUUAGCCAUGGAUCCCAGGUGCAAAGGGAUGCCUCUGUCCAGUUUUCUACUCAAGCCGAUGCAGAGAGUCACACGCUACCCUCUGAUCAUCAAAAAUACCUUAGAAAACACUCCAGAGUCUCAUCCAGACCACAGCCAUCUGAAAGCAGCGCUGGAGAAAGCAGAGGAGCUCUGCUCACAGGUGAAUGAAGGCGUCAGAGAGAAGGAGAACUCUGACCGGCUGGAGUGGAUUCAGGCUCAUGUUCAGUGUGAGGGGCUGUCAGAGCAACUGGUGUUCAACUCGGUCACCAACUGUCUGGGACCCAGGAAGUUCCUCCACAGCGGGAAGCUGUUCAAAGCAAAGAGCAGCAAGGAGCUCUACGGCUUCCUGUUCAACGACUUCCUGCUGCUCACACAGGUCACCAAACCUCUGGGCUCUUCAGGUUCUGACAAAGUCUUCUCCUCAAAAACCCACCUGCAGUACCGCAUGUACAAAACGCCGAUCUUUCUGAACGAAGUGUUAGUAAAGCUACCAACCGAUCCAUCAGGGGAUGAGCCUCUGUUUCACAUCUCACACAUAGACCGAGUUUACACCCUCCGAGCUGAAAGCAUCAACGAACGGACGGCAUGGGUUCAGAAAAUUAAGGCCGCCUCGGAGCUUUUCAUUGAGACAGAGAAGAAGAAGAGGGAGAAAGCGUAUUUAGUCCGUUCUCAGAGGGCGACCGGGAUCGGCAGGCUGAUGGUUAACAUCGUGGAGGGCAUCGAGCUCAAACCCUGUCGCACCCACGGUAAAAGCAACCCUUACUGUGAAGUCACCAUGGGCUCUCAGUGCCAUAUCACAAAAACAGUACAGGACACUUUGAAUCCCAAGUGGAAUUCCAAUUGUCAGUUUUUUAUUAAGGACCUUGAACAGGACGUCCUCUGCAUCACUGUGUUUGAACGAGACCAGUUCUCACCUGACGACUUCCUCGGCAGGACUGAGAUCCGAUUGGCCGAGAUAAAGAAGGACCAGGGCUCCAAAGGACCAAUCACGAAGAGGCUUCUGCUUCAUGAGGUUCCCACGGGGGAGAUUGUCGUUAGGCUGGACCUGCAGCUGUUUGAAGAGCCGUGAAACGAGCGGCAGGUUGGACCAGAUGGGACUGGCCCGGGAAUGAACUCAGAGAAACGGAAAAGAGGACAGCGCAGCUGGACUGGAAUAAACUGGACCAGAGGCCUGGAACGGGCUGGGGUUACUCAUUGUGUGAUCUGGCUGUUAAUGUUUAGGGAGAUUAAUAUGUUAACAGCAAGAUUUGUUCUGUAAGAAAACCCCAGGUAAAGUCAGUAACACUAAGUAACUAAACAUCAUCCUCUUUAACAGCAACCUUAAAUGCCAUGUCAGUUUUAUGUUGUUUGCCAUUUUUUCCAUUAUUUGGAAGAAAUUAACAAUAAGAGGGCUUACUUGGUAUCAAAUGGAGAACAUUUUCAAAAAAUAAGAAAACCCCAGGUCCAUAUCUUGGAUUGACACAUAUUUAGCUGUCAAAGUCGGGGUAUUAAGGUUCAGCCUGUCACAACAACAAAUUUAAGGUUCAGCCUGUCACAACAACAAAUUUAAGAUUCAGCCUGUCACAACAACAUAUUUAAGGUUCAGCCUGUCACAACAACAUAUUUAAGGUUCAGCCUGUCACAACAACAAAUUUAGGAUGAUAAAUUGUCCCAGAAAUUAUUUCACUAAACAAUAAUGUUGAUUUGAGACCAUUUUUGAGUAAUUUGUGAACAAUGGCAUAAUAAUGCAAGUCUGCCUUUUCAAUAAGGAAUAGAGUUUAAUUUUGAAAAAAAAACAACUCAACACUGGGACUAGAGGAUAUUUGAAACAUCCAAGAAAAAACAUGGCAACCACAAACCGUAAAUAAAACUGGGGGGAAAAAACACUUAUAACCAAAACCAUAAAGAAAAUGGAUUGUGAUAUUU